AUGAACGGCCCCCUCUACAUGCAGGCCUCGAACAAAAUCGUUCUUGUGCGCCCCAUAAAGAAGACCAAGGGCGAGGGCCCCUUGAAGCAGCUCACCAGGUGGUUUGUCGAAAACCAAAUCGGGCUGUCCUUCAACCUUCUUGCCCUUCUUUUCCUCGCCCACGGCAUGCCUCGGGCCCGCGACUACACCACCAGAUUUUUCACGCUCUCGUACUACAGCCCAACGUCGGGGAAGUACGGCGUGGGCGGCGAUGAUGGCCACAUCAUCUUGUUUUGCAUUGUCUUAUUCACGGGGCUGCGCGCGGCCACGAUGGAGUACAUUUUCGCUCCGUUUGCAAAGUCUCAAGGAAUCGUCAAGAGGAAAGAUGUUACGCGGUUCAGCGAACAGGCUUGGCUCGUCAUCUACUACUUUGUCUUCUGGUUCCUCGGCCUGUACAUCUACUACACGUCGCCAGCCUACCUCAAUCUCCAUGAGCUCUGGGCAGACUGGCCCAACCGCGAGAUGGCUGGCUUGAUGAAGGGAUACAUACUUGCUCAGCUAGCAUUCUGGCUGCAGCAGAUUCUCGUUAUCAACAUUGAGGAUCGUCGCAAGGACCACUGGCAGAUGUUUACUCAUCACAUCAUCACGGUCUCUCUGAUGUAUGCCUCGUACAGAUAUGGAUUCACACGCGUCGGAAAUCUUGUCCUAGUUCUGAUGGACGUCGUCGACCUCUUUUUCCCGUCUGCCAAGUGCCUUAAAUAUCUCGGCUACAAUACUCUCUGCGACUGGAUGUUCGGCGUUUUCAUGUUUUCGUGGAUUGUGGCGAGACACAUUCUCUAUCCCAUCGUGUGCUGGUCGACCUGGGCCCACUCUACGCAGGUCACCGGUGGGGCGUGCUUCAAAGGCCCCAUCAACAACGUUACUGGGCCCUUCGAGCUGCCUGCCGAGAAAGGUAUGAUGUUUCUUCUGGAGCCCCUCUGGGACUCGGAGGGCAUACUUUGCUACAACCGGACUACCAUGAUAUCAUUUUUGUCUUUACUACUUGCUCUUCAGGGUCUGACCAUCAUGUGGUUCGGCAUGAUCAUCCGAGUUGCCAUGAAGGUGCUCAGGGGAGAGAGGGCCGAGGACACCCGAAGCGACGAUGAGGCGGAAGAUGAGCUAGAGGAAGAUACGGAAGCCGUUGAAGAGGAGCCUGUGCCCCUCGAGCAGGAAGUCGGCGUGGAAGAGAUCGACUUGAAGAACUGGGAAAGGAGGACGGGCGUCAAGAGACAGGCCGCAACAACCUCUGGAGUCAGCCUUCCAGGUCACAGUGACCGCAAGGAGCUCCUGGGACGCAUUGGUUGCGAGAAGCAGGUUGAGUGA